AUGGAGACUAAUUUAUUUGACUUCGAUGAUCUCAAAUAACGACAAACAUUUGCAAUCAAGAAGUACAAGGAUUCGAUUUACUAUGGUGAGGUGGAAGAACGCAAAAGAUCUGGCUAAGGGGUAAUGCUCUACAACAAUAAGAGAGUCUACGAGGGAGACUGGAAUGAUGAUAAGAGACAUGGGAGAGGAUACGAAAAAUUCUAAAAUAAAAACAUUUACCAAGGAGAUUAUGUAGAUGGCAAAGCUCAUGGCAAGGGAGUAUUUACAUGGGCUCACGGAGAAGUCUAUGAUGGAGAAUGGAGAGAAGGUGUCAAAGAGGGCUACGGGAUAUGGCGUGGCACUGAUGGAGACUCAUAUAUUGGUCAGUGGAAGCAGAGCAAGGCUGAUGGCUAUGGUGUACACCAAUGGAAAAAUGGUGACAGAUAUGAGGGAGAAUGGAGAGCUUGCUUGAGACAUGGAAACGGAUCUGAUUUCUUCAAAAAUGGUGAUUAGUACAUUGGUUAAUACAGAUAUGGAAAUCCUAAUGGUUUUGGCUAGUAUAGAUGGUCUAAUGGAAACUCUUAUGCUGGUGAGUUUAAAGAUGGCCUCAAGAAUGGCAAGGGCAAAUGGAAAAAGAAGAUCGAUGAAGGUUAAAAAAUUAACAACAUGUAUGAAGGCGAGUACUAAGCAGAUAUGAAAAAUGGGUAUGGAGAGUUCUUCUGGGUCAGUGGCAACAAGUUCAAAGGCAACUAUCACGAUGAUCAAAGAAACGGCUACGGUGAGAUGUUUUGGAUUGACGGAUCUAUUUACAAAGGAUACUGGAUUAAUGGGAUUCAGCAGGGCCUUGGAAUCAUGAUCUUCCCAGACGGUUUCAAAAAGGUUGGUUUCUUUGACAUAAACAUCUACAAGGAGAACAUAGAGACUAUUUAAUAGUUCGAUGAAUUUAUCAAGGAAAAUCCAGACAAAAAGAUGCCAGAGUACUUCAAGCAAGAAAUCAAGGAGUACCUUGGCUACUAUGAUCACAAUUCAGAGGAGGAUGAGAUGUUCAUCAAUAAGGAAUUCAAGAAAGCUGAGAAAGAAGAUCCACCUGAUGAAUCUGCAUUUUUGCAUAUGCAAGAACUGGUCAACAAUUAACUUGGAGGCUUUGAUGGCAAAACCAAAGAGCAGUAUGCUGCUUUGAUGAGGGAACAUGAUAUGAGAGAAACAAAGAACAUGGUUUCUCAGAAUAUAACUGCCAGUGGUGAAUCUGGAUUCCAUCUUCCAAAGAUUGAUAAUAACAACAGAACGUUCGUUUCCUCAAACUCGAUGUGGAAAUAUUUAAACCCUGACGGCAGAGUUGAGCCGAAUAGACUCAAGUAUCAUGAGUUUGAUUAUGUCAAGCGCAUAUCAAUGAAUAGCACUGCCUAUGUUGAAUUCAAUUUGCCUGAGUAAACAGAGAACAGAAAUUAGUUCAGACAUAACAGAAAUCAAUCCCUUAACAUAAAGAAAGAGCAAUUAAAAUAGGAUCUUAAUCACAGAGUUUAAAAUCUCUCAGUAUUGAUUAACGACCUUACUUUAGAACCCCUACCUGAGAGAGUUAGAACUGAUAGAAGGAAAAGUACUAAGGCAAGGGCUCCUAAAAUUACUAUUGAAAAAGUAAUGAAAAGUCCUUAGCCACCGAAGCAAAUCGGGGUCUACCUUGAUAAAAUCAAACGGCCUAGUUUUAAUGUUGAUACCAGCGUUAAUACGAAUAGAAAUCUUUCAACGAUCUCAUACUAGGAUUAAAAACAGAAUAACUAGCAAGAGUUUAAACUGGAACCCUUGCAACCUUUCAGGGUCAAGAGUAAUAAGGUUUGGCUACCAUCAGGAGUAAUCAAGAAUAAGCGGCGGUAUCAGAGUCCGAAUAAGCUGUACUAUUAAAGAAUUUCUCCUUUUAAGAAAAAAUAUUAUUAUUCUACUCAUUCUAAAUUAUGA